AAACAAAAACAAAAUAAAUGACAUUUACAGAAUAGAUAUAAAAAAGAUAUUUACCAUUCAAAAAUAAUGCCAGUAUGUAUUUAUAAUUUUAAAUAUAAUUGUUAGUUUUUUUUUUUUUGUUAAAAUGACAGUACUAGAUUAAAAACAUGUACACAAACUUUGAUCAAUAGAAUAGCAUUGUAUUUGUGAUAAAAAAAAAAAUAAACAAAAGUGCAAAUCAUAAAUAAACACACACACACACAUACGUGAAGCUAAACUUAUAAAUAAGUUAUAAACAUUUUGAAUGAAUAUAUAAAAAAAAAAGAGGAUAAAUGUUAAAUAAAGGCGCACACAGUUGCUCAGAUAAAUUCAACAUAGUUCUGUAAUAAACUCCAGAGAACAUAAUCAAUUUAUUAACAUUAUAAACUUUACAAAUACAUAGAAAAAAAAAUAAUAAUUAAAUAAUAUAUAUUAAUAAUUUUCAAGUUUCAAUGUCAAUUUAAAUAAUCAGUAAAGUCUUUGUUUGAAAAACAAUAAAACAAUGACAAGAAUGAUGUUUAUUUUGGCUUUAAUUGGACUUGCAAUUGGUGGUGUACUUGGUGUUGUUGAGUAUCAACCAGAAGCAGUGCAUCUUUCAUUUGGAGAAACUAUUCAUGAUAUUGUUGUGACAUGGAGUACUAGAGACAAUACAAAUUCAUCAAUUGUUGAGUAUGGUAUUGGUGGUCUUAUAUUGACAGCAAAAGGAACAAGAAAACUUUUUAUCGAUGAAGGAAAUGAAAAACGUCAACAGUAUAUUCACAGAGUUAAUCUUGUUAAUUUAACACCAGGACAAAAAUAUGUUUAUCAUUGUGGAAGUAGAUUUGGUUGGUCGAGUAUAUUUUACGUAACAAUACCACCAGAUUCACCAACAUGGAAGCCACAAGUUGUUAUAUUUGGUGACAUGGGAAAUGAAAAUGCUCAAAGUCUUGGAAGACUACAAGAAGAAGCACAACGUGGUCUUUAUGAUGCUGCUAUUCAUAUUGGUGAUUUUGCAUAUGACAUGAAUACAGAUAAUGCAAAAGUUGGUGAUGAAUUUAUGAAACAAAUUAAAGGUAUUGCUGCUUAUUUGCCAUACAUGACUGUUCCUGGUAAUCAUGAAGAAAGUCAUAAUUUUAGUAAUUACAGAGCACGAUUUAGUAUGCCAGGUAAUACUGAGGGACUUUUUUAUAGUUUUGAUAUGGGACCAGUACAUUUUAUUGGUAUUGAAACUGAAUCAUAUUAUUUCAUGAAUUAUGGAAUAAAACAACUUGUCAAGCAGUAUGAAUGGCUUGAAAAAGAUUUACAAAAAGCCAAUGAUGCAAGACAUGAACGUCCAUGGAUUGUAACAUUUGGCCAUCGUCCAAUGUACUGCAGCAAUGAAAAUGCUGAUGAUUGUACAAAUCAUGAAUCAUUAGUACGUGUUGGUUUGCCAAUAUUUCGUUGGUUUGGUCUUGAAGAAUUAUUCUACAAAUAUCAAGUUGAUUUAGAGCUUUGGGCACAUGAACAUAGCUAUGAACGUUUAUGGCCAAUUUAUAAUUUUCAAGUAUACAGUGGUAGUUAUAAUCAGCCAUAUAAAAAUCCACAUGCUCCAGUUCAUAUUGUAACUGGAUCAGCUGGAUGUAAAGAAGGAAGAGAAAAAUUUAUUCCAAAACAACCAAAGUGGUCAGCUUAUCGUAGCAGUGAUUAUGGCUAUACAAGACUAAAGGCAUUCAACAAAACUCAUUUAUACAUUGAACAAGUAUCUGAUGAUAAAAAAGGUGCUGUACUUGAUUCAGUUUGGUUAAUCAAAGAUAAACCACAUCCAGAAUAUCCAAUAUUAGUUUAAUACAUAAUUAUAAAACAUAUCAAAUUAAGUUAGAUUAAAUUAAUAUACCAGUUUUGAUGAUAAUAAAUUACAUUUAAAAUAAUAAUUGAAAACA